CACACGCUUGCUCAUACUCCGAGUGCGGCGCUCUCAGCCUGAAGCUCCCAGGCCAGGCCGAGCUCGGCGCCUCCUCGCACGGGACCGUUGCCCAGGCCGCCGCCGCCACGCCGCCCUCGAGGAACCUCGCCGCCGUCCUGACCGCCGGCGCCGGCGCCGGGUUGGCUCGGAGGGAGCGCAUGAGGGCGGCGUGCGCGUGCAGCGGCAGGCCGCCCACGACCACCCGCUGCGCGUGGUACGAGGAUCGCUUGGCGGCGCUGCGCUCCCGCUUGUGCGCGUUCUGGUGCCCGCCCAGCGCCUGCGAGCUGAAGAACUUGCGCAGGCAGAAGUUGCAGGAGAACACCUUGUGCGGGGGCGGCUUGGCGGCGGACCCGGACCCGGACCCGGACUCGGAGUCCGCGGAGCAGCUCGCGGCGUCCGGGGACGGAGACGGCGACGGCGAUUCGCUCGCGCCCAGCGUCAGGUUCAGCCACGCCGCGCCGUCGCCGUGCUGCUCCCUGGUUGCAGGCUUGCAGCCCCUGGAUGGCUGGAUGGUGCAUCAGAAGCAGCUUGCAGUUUGUUGCUUUAUAAAGGAGGACGAGGUGGUCUUUCUUUCUUUCUUUCAUGGCGAGAUGGGACGGGAGCCGAGUUCUUGCUCGCCUUUGCUUGUGCAAGCCGUGACGGCGAUGACGUCGGAACCCGAAUGUGCUGCUUUGGGGCUGGUGGGAUGGAUAGGGAUACCGAGUCAACUUGAUCAAGAUAGAAAAGGAGAGACGCCUAGGGGUUCCUCCUCCUUCCAGGCUCCCACGUAUACUUUACAAUAUCUGCAGACAUGUGUCAUUUUCGGUCAGAUAUGCAGAUCUAGGUGCAUAUUUUCAAGCACAAAUUCAGUUGAACACAUAUUGACACUCAAAAGUGUUGUUGCCUAGAACUUUAGCUUGCACUGUUGGUAAAGUAACGAGGAGGAGUAUGUUGGGGCCUUCGUCUUUCGAAGGUGCUCAAAAACACACUUAAUUAUUGGUUGUCAGCAUGUUCACAAGUGUUGUAGGAACUUCGGUAUU